UCUUCUCUCCAUUUUCUCGUUUCAUUCCCAAACAGAGAGAAAAAUGCCUUCUUCUCUCCUCCUCCACCUCCUCUUCCUUUCCUUCCUCCGCUUCACCUCCUCCGUUCCUCCUAUCGGAGUCACGUACUCCUCCGUUUCCACCACCACGUCAACCACCGUCCCUCCACCCCCACCACCUAACAAGAUUUCCACCACCAUUUCUGCCCUCAAGUUCACCCACGUCCGGCUACCAGACUCUGACCCUUCUCUCAUAAGGUCCUUCGCGUUUACCAACACUUCCCUUUUCCUCUCCAUCCCGAACACCUUCCUCCCGGCUCUCGCCUCCAACCGCUCCCAUGCUCUCCGCUGGCUCUACCGCCACGUGCUCCCUUUUUACCCUCGUUCCAAAAUCGCACUCAUCUCCGUAGGGAACGCAGUGCUCGACUCCACCGGAGAGGACUUCACGCCUUUCCUUCUCCCGGCGAUCAGAAACCUCCACCUGGCACUGCAAGAGUUGGGCAUUAAUAAAAUCCCGAUCUCCACCACGUUCUCUUUCUUCUCCACAAUCACCACAGCUUUCCCGCCUUCCUCCGCCCAGUUCCAACAACCCGCCGGUGACCUUAUCAUAAAGCCUUUGCUCCAAUUCUUGCAACAAACAAAUUCCUCUUUCUUGAUCAACCUUUAUCCGUACAAUCUUUUUCGCCUCAACAGCGAAAUCCCAAUCGGUUUUGCUUUAUUUCAAGACUACCCUUUUAACUUCCGAGACGAUUUGGUCACGGGGGUAAGGUACUUCAACCUGUUUGACAUGAUGGCGGAUGCUGUGAUAGCCGCCAUGGCGGUGGUGGGGCACGAGAACAUUCCGUUGAUCGUGGCUGAAACCGGGUGGCCGAGUGGUGGAGGUGACGCUGGGGAAGUUGAGGCGAAUGGGGUUUAUGCGGAGAUGUAUUUGAAGGGAUUGGUGGGGCGUUUGAAGUCAGGGGUUGGAACGCCGUUGAGGAAAGAAGGGCUGGCAGAGGUUUAUGUUUAUGAGCUGAUGGAUCACGAUGGAGUAGAUAAGGAAAAAGGAAGAAAAUGGGGCAUUUUGUCGGAGAAUAUGACUAAGAAAUACAAUGUUGAGUUUUCCGGUGGAGCUAAGAAUUUUGGCCUGACGGGGCUUCUCAUGGUGGUGGUGGUGGGGGUUUUUGCGGCUUCCCUGAAUCUGGGUCAGUGGCAUUUGUGUGAAUCUUGACUGUUCCUUGGAGAUUUAGGGAGUGGCAGUUGAAGAUUCUUGAAGAUUUUGACUGGUUUUUGUCUGUUUGUUAUGUUAGAGAGAUGAUAGUGGCAUUCUCUGUAUUUCUGAGAUAAUUUUAGCUUGGAAUUUAGCUUAAUUAGGGGUUGGUUUCUUUAAAUGAAGGCAAAACACUAAUGUACAUUGUCGCAGAGUUUUACAGAGCUAAAUCUUUUAGCAAUUUAGUGGAUAUGUCUAGUUAGGAAUUUCUAUCAUGAACCUGAUGAUGAUGUACUUGAAUGUAAAGUUCUGAUCAA